AUGAAUCAAACUAUCAUCUGUCGUGUGUGUGCCUCCACCGACAAUGCCGAGCUCGAUCUAGUUGACAUUUUUGUGAAGCACGAAGAUCAUGAAUGCAUUGCAGAUAUUUUACUGGAGCUAGCAGGAAUAAAGGCAACGGUUGAUGAUGGAUUCCCUCCAAAGUGCUGUAGACAAUGCCAAACCGAUCUUACCAACGCUGUAUCGGUGCGACGGAAAUGUAUUGAAUCGGAAAAGCUCAUCCAAGCUUCCUUAGAUGCUAAUUCUGUCUCCCAUUUUGAUGCCCAAUCGGACAAUGUUUCCAUAGCAUCAAUCAAAGAAGAACAACUUUCCAUGUACCGUUGCUGGGAAUGUUCCAUAGAUUUCUGCAGCGCCGAACCACUGCAGCAACACUACGAAUCCCUUCAUGCCAAUGCAAUCCACGGCUGGAAAAGCUUCGGUAUCAGUGAAGUUUCCUUGUUCGACACAACCGACGAUGAAGCAGCACCUGUUCGAUCGGUGAUGGCCGAUAAAAAGCCCGUUAAACAAUACUACCGAUGUUGUGGAUGUCCACAAGAGUUUGAUACCGAGACAGAGCUGCAACAACAUUCCAAGACGGAACAUGCACCGAACGCAAUCGAACCCACCGAAGACAAACCGAUUCAGUGUGAAAUAUGCUACCACACGUACACUACCAAAUGGGGUGUAGUUGCACAUCGAUCGACGAAAACUAUGCUUAACCAUCAGUGUGCAUACUGUGGCGUCCUGUACGGUUCCAUACACCCGUUAAGAUAUCAUGAGUAUAAGCACACAAAUCAUACCUUUGAUUGCAAUAUUUGUGGUAAAAUAUUUUUCAAAUCCUGCCAUCUAAAACGGCACCAAGGUUCUGUGCACGUGGAACCGAACUUAAGGACGAAAUACAGCUGCAAUGUGUGUGGUGUACGCGUCAAUACGACAGCGUACUUGAAAACGCAUAUGAAGCUACAUUCUACCGAGAAACCCUUCGUCUGCAAGUUGUGUGGAGCUAGUUUCAAGUUGAAAAUGUACCUAACCUGGCACAUGAUAAAGCAUCGCGGUGUGCACAAGUGUAUGGAAUGUGAGAUGACCUUCAAGGCACAAUCGGAGCUGCAGGACCAUUCGCAUGUGCAUGAAGGUACGAGACCGUUCAGCUGUAGUUUGUGCAACGGCAAGUACACUACGAGCAAAAAUCUUACCAGACACAUGCGCAAGAAGCAUGCCCAAUACAAGCGAAAGCAAGUGUAG